CUGCACUGGCAUACGUUUCUGGGUUGUUUCCAUUUAGGUUAAUUAUCUGCAAUUUAUUUUCAACAUUACAGCAACAACAUGUCAAGUUAUGAUGAGAGUUCAGCGCAACUUCCGAUUUCACACGGACCAUUAGAUCUAUGGAUGAAGUUCAGACAAAUCCCAUAUACACUGUCCUCAUAAAUGUAUGUUCUCAUAAAUAACGUGCAAAAUCAAGAGAAAAAGAGAACAACUUUAUACAAUCCUACACUUUAUAAAGUGUCCUGUUAUGUGAAGGACUGAAGAUUACCACACCAAGUGCACUAGGUCUGGCAGAGUGCCUUGGGGGAGUGUACGACUGUGGUUGGAGACUAACAUGCAUUGACAGUGAGACUGACUGCACUGGCAGAGAUAGUGGGCUAGAAACCAGCCUGAGAGCCACUGUGAGUGGGUAAAGAUUAAGGAACUGAAAGGAUGGUUUAUUCUAUACAGAGUUCAGUACGCAAAAUUCAGUCCAAGUGACUUGGUAGUGUAUUAACAAGGUUAUAACAACUUUUAUACCCAUUCUUACAACUACUUCAUGUUCAUCUCACCACAAUUAUUCCAAUGAGACAUAGAUUUGAGAUGCAGUCAACCAGUAAAAUGAGAAGGGGACGCAUCAUUUAACGCCUACACAUAUACAUGAAGACGUGAGGGAGGCAUAAUCAAACUGACAAGCACCCCCUGGAACCCACACACUUUGCACAGAGUAAAUUGGCACAGCAUUUGGAGACUCCAGUGCACGAGUCUGUGGAGGAGAGCGAGCACCGACCGGAUUACAGGAGACAGUUAGAAGGCAGCAGAGGACAACAACGGAUUCAAAAACAAAAGGGGAAACAACUAUAAAGAUAUGCAAAAAUGUGUGAUUAAUGUUAAAGGAAUAAGAGAGUGGAAACAGAACAGGAUAGAACUAUUGCCGAAAGGCAAGGCGUACAACAGAGACUCCUGGGGUUACACAUCCUUCCUUCCAAAGAGUGCGUGGACUAUUCAGAAUUGAGGUUACAAUUCAGAAGUGGAUCGAAACAACAAGCAAGCUGCACAACAAAAUAACCUGUUGUUUUUAAGUGGUCUUCACAGGGGGAUGCUGUCCGUGCACACAUUGACAGUUGCCAUGCCGAUACCAAAUCUUUCGCAGUAGACUACUUGCCAGGGCGGAGUCCAGCCUCCCACCCUACUUAUAGACCUACUGACCACCUGAUGAUCACUGGUGCCAUGGGAACAGCACGGGCCAACAGGUACAACUUCGCAGCACCAGAUGAGGAGGGCCUGAAAAUCUCCACACUUGGGCUCCACAACGGCCACAGCUCACCAAAUAGCCGGUUCCUCUCCCCUAGUGGCACAUCCGGAGGAGAUAGGAUAUCAGGAGCCACAGGUCGUAGGAUGAACAAUUACAACGGAAAGAUCUCUACUACAGGAUCGAGCCAACUAAGAAGUCGCUUUGUCAAGAAAAAUGGGCAUUGCAACGUGGUGUUCUCUAACAUGGAGGAGAAAUCACAACGUUACCUGGCCGACAUCUUUACCACCUGCGUGGACAUCCGCUGGAGAUACUUACUACUCCUCUUCUGCUCGACCUUCCUGUCCUCCUGGAUGUUUUUUGGAAUAAUCUUCUAUUCGGUUUCCAGAGCCCAUGGGGAUUUUGAUGAGCACCCUGGAAUGAGUUCCUCUUCAGGGUUGGAAGGGAAUGGGCUUGGGGUUGGUGAAGUUGAAGGGGUGCAGAAAACGUGGCAGCCAUGCCUCCUUCAUGUGGAGGGCUUCGUCGGAGCCUUCCUAUUCUCCGUCGAGACCCAGACCACCAUUGGUUAUGGGUGGCGCUGUGUCACUGAGGAGUGCCCUGUGGCAGUGAUCACAGUGGUGGUCCAGUCCAUAGUGGGCUGCAUCAUUGACUCCUUCAUGCUUGGUACAAUCAUGGUCAAAAUGGCACGCCCUAAGAAGAGGAACCAGACCCUGCUGUUCUCAAAAACCGCUGUGAUUUCCCUGCGUGAUGGCAAGCUGUGCCUCAUGUGGCGGGUGGGUAACCUGCGCAAGAGCCACAUCGUGGAGGCCCAUGUGCGGGCACAGCUCAUUCGACCCUACGUCACGGCAGAGGGAGAGUUUAUCCCUCUAGAGCAGAGGGAUCUCAACGUAGGCUACGACGAAGGCAUAGACAGACUCUUUCUGGUUUCUCCUCUGGUUAUCGUCCAUGAGAUCGACGAGGACAGCCCCCUGUAUACUGUGAGCCGGGCUGAUCUGGAGUCUGAUGACUUUGAGAUCGUAGUGAUCUUGGAGGGCAUGGUGGAGGCCACUGCCAUGACCACCCAGGCCCGCAGCUCCUAUCUGGCCAAGGAGAUCCUAUGGGGGCAUAGGUUUGAGCCUGUGAUCUUUGAGGACCGAACCAAGUAUCAGGUGGACUAUGCUCGCUUCCACAAGACCUACGAGGUGCCCUCCACACCCCACUGCAGCGCCAAGGAGCUCAGUGAGAUGGCCAGCCGGCCUGCCUCAUCCGCCUCCUCCCACUCACUAUUCCCAACCAACCCCAGAAUCACCCAGCACCUUGUAACCCCCCACUCCCCCAGCGCCUUCUGCUAUGAGAAUGAGGUAGCACUGAGCUGUGGAGAGGACGAGGAUGACCUGGAUAGGCAAAAGGGAAAAGACAGGGAGGAGGAAAGGAGGAAUUCAGUUUCUGUAGGCUUUCAUAAUUUGUUUCAGGACACAGGCACAAUGACAUCCGGCAGCAACAUGCUGUGUGUUUUGGACAAUCAGAUGGAUUUUGACAUUCUACAGACGACCAUUACUCGUGAUCCACUGACAUAUAAAAGUGAGUCAGGAAUCUGAGGCAAAGGGAUGGCACCCUCAGACCCUUCCCAAACCCUCCAUUCAUAUAGUUGAAGUCGGAAGUUUACACACACUUAGAGUCAUUAAAACUAGUUUUUCAACCACUCCACAAAUGUCUUGCUAACAAACUAUAGUUUUGGCAAGUCGGUUAGGACAUCUUCUUUGUGCAUGACACAAGUAAUUUUUUCAAAAUUGUUUACAGACAGACUAUUUCACUUAUAAUUCACUGUAUCACAAUUCCAGUGGGUCAGAAGUUUACAUACAUUAAGUUGACUGUACCUUUAAACAGCUUGGAAAAUUCCAGAAAAUGAUAUCAUGGCUUUAAAAGCUUCUGACGGGCUAAUUGACAUAAUUUGAGUCAAUUGGAGGUGUACCUGUGGAUGUAUUUCAAGGCCUACCUUCAAACUCAGUGCCUCCUUGCUUGACAUUAUGGGAAAUCUAAAGAAAUCAGCCUCAGAAUUGUUGCUUCAUUCAAGUCUGGUUCAUCCUUGGGAGCAAUUUCCAAAUGCCUGAAGGUACCAUGUUCAUCUGCACAAACAAUAGUACGCAAGUAUAAACACCAUGGGACCACGCAGCCGUCAUACCGCUCAGGAAGGAGAUGAGUUCUGUCUCCUAAAAAUGAACGUACUUUGGUGCGAAAAGUGCAAAUCAAUCCCAGAACAACAGCAAAGAACCUUCUGAAGAUGCUGGAGGAAACAGGUACAUAUGUCUCUAUCUCCACAGUAAAAAAUAUAUAUAUAUCAACAUAACCUGAAAGGCCACUCAGCAAGGAAGAAGCCACUGUUCCAAAACCGCCAUAAAAAAGCCAGACUACAGUUUGCAACUACACAUGGGGACAAAGAUUGUACUUUUUGGAGAAAUGUCCUCUGGUCUGAUGAAACAAAAAUAGAACUGUUUUCCCAUAAUGACCAUCGUUAUGUUUGGAGGAAAAAGGGGGAUGCUUGCAAGCCGAAGAACACCAUCCUAACCAUGAAGCACGGGGGUGGCAGCAUCAUGUUGUGGGGGUGCUUUGCUGCCGGAGGGACUGGUGCACUUCACAAAAUAGAUGGCAUCAUGAGGUUGGAAAAUUAGGGGGAUAAAUUGAAGCAACAUCUCAAGAAUUCAGUCAGGAAGUUAAAGCUUGGUCGCAAAUGGGUCUUCCAAAUGGACAAUGACCCCAGGCAUACUUCCAAAGUUGUGGCAAAAUGGCUUAAGGACAACAAAGUCAAGGUAUUGGAGUGGUCAUCACAAAGCCCUGACCUCAAUCCCAUAGAAAAUGUGUGGGCAGAACUGAAAAUGUGUGUGCGAGCAAGGAGGUCUACAAACCUGACUCAGUUACACCAGCUCUGUCAGGAGGAAUGGGCUAAAAGUCCCCCAACUUAUUGUGGGAAGCUUGUGGAAGGCUACUCGAAACAUUUGACCCAAGUUAAACAAUUUAAAGGCAAUGCUACCAAAUACUAAUUGAGUGUAUGCAAACUUCUGACUCACUGGGAAUGUGAUGAAAGAAAUAAAAGCUGAAAGAAAUAAUUAUAUCUGCUAUUAUUCUGGCAUUUCACAUUCUUAAAAUAAAGUGGUGUACCAAACUGACCUAAGACAGGUAAUUUUUAUUAGGAUUAAAUGUCAGAAAUGUAAAUGCUUAAAUGUAUUUGGCUAAUGUGUAUGUAAACUUCCGACUUCAACUGUAUAUACCUACCUGUAGGUCUUGAAGUGAGGUCUUCCAUUUGUUUUUUGCACGUUUUGCUCUGGAUUUAGUACUAGAUCUACACCCCUUUCGCCUUGCCAGCAUUAUUUUGUACUUUUACCUGAGCCCAUGUUUUUGUUUGUGUAGAGAACCAAAUGGGAGGCUGAGGUAGUGGUUCUACUCUGCACACCUCACCCUUAUGUGCACCUCAGUUGGGCUGUGGGACAGUCACCUAGAGAGAUAUUUACACAUGAGAUUGUAUGAACGGGCGACUCUUUUAACGAGGUAAUAGGAAAGGAACAGCAAGAGAUGGACAGUUCCAGCAGAGAGCUGAGUAUGAGACAAAUAAUGACUUGUUGAGACGUGUGCAAUGAAGGAUAAACAGACAUUUGACCAAAGGAGCACUUCUGCUACAGAAACUGUCUCAGGAGGAAAUGUGCAGGGAAGACACCCAGAAUAUUUGAGUGACAUUCAAGUAAGUAGGUAUGAUGUUUAUCUACACAGUCGUAUUACGCCGUUUGUUUAAUUUGGACAUGAUAUUUUGAUGUGGAAUCAACCUCCAGUGUUCUGUAAUGAUAAAAUGACUGGUGAUAUGACAUGUGAUAUGAAUCAUACGUGGGUUCAAAUUCUAUAUCAGCUCUCAGUUCAGUUGUGCAAUAUAACAGACAGGAUAGUUUGCUGCUUUCUACUAUUUGCACUAUUGUUCUUCAGUCAAGUUUUCCUCUGAGCCUCUUUUCUCCCUAAUUUACUAAUUUACACACGUUGUUUUCAUAGUGUCUUUAGCAUAGAUCAAUGAAUCAUUUAUCGGUUGUUACUGUGCGUAAUAACAACAAUACAAUGACCAACGCAAUCAUUAAAUAAUCAUAGCUAAGCGUCUUAAUGUCUGAAAUCAAGUUCGUCAUUUGCUGCAGAAAAGAACUAGGUGUUUUCAUUCUCCAGAAUCAGGUAGCUUUUCUCACCUUUUUAUUAAAGCCUGGUUUUGUGUUGCAAAAGGAGCAUGAAUGUGACAUAAUGGAAAGUCCCUCUCUUCAGUGUAUAUCAGUAGAGAACUUAUCAUGAGUUACUUAUCUGGUCUCUCCUGUCACCUUAAAGACGUUUCCCGAUAGACACCUUUAGGGGAAUCAUCUGAAAGCUGUUGUCUUUAGAACGUGAGAUCUCAUAAAGGUUGAUUCUAGAGAGACUGAAUAGAGAGACACCUUUAGGGGAAUCAUCUGAAAGCUGUUGUCUUUAGAACGUGAGAUCUCAUAAAGGUUGAUUCUA